AAGUACAUAACCACAACAUAACAACAACAAAAAUACUGAUUACUGAAUAUAAUAUUGAAAGUUGAAACUAAUUGAAAGGACAAUUGUUAAACUUAAUAAUUUACUCAAAAGAAAACUGAUUAAUUCUUUUGGGAAAUAAGUUGAUGACGAAGAUGGUACAUAGCUGUGAUAUGGAUUAUUUUAAAAAUCCAAUGAAAUUACCAAUUGAUAAACUUGAUCUUGUCAUUGAAGUCAAUGGUGAAACACAAAAAGUACCAGCUUUGUCAAAAUUUUGGACUGAAAAAAAGCAAUUUCUUUACUAUCAUGUUCCAAAUAUUUAUUCAAAGGAUGGAAAGGAAAUUGUUGGUGCCAAAGAUUAUUGGCUAGAAACUAUUAAUUAUAUGAUUAAAGAUUUAGAAUGGCUUCUUUGUUUAUCAUUUCAUAGAUUUUGGUCAAACAUUAUUUACAACAAAUCAAUUAUCAACAUAUUGGUUUUAUUUUUGCAAGAUUGUCCUACAUUUUACACUCUUGAUAAAUUUCCAAAUGACAAAAAAAUGCGUGAAAGUCUUGAACAACUACGUCGUAAUGUUCUUAUAAUAUUUGCACGAAUUGUAACAAACAAAGAAAGUUCAGAUGCUUUUUUCACUUUAUCUACUCAUGGUGAAAUUAUUUACAAAGAAUUUUUAAUAACAGCACCAAUUAUGCUAGAUCUUUGUCAAUUAUAUGGAAGAGAAAAUCAAAAAAUUGUUGAAAAAAUACUUCAAAGUGCAAUUAAAGCACAUCCAGGAUAUGAAAAUGAUUUACGUGAAGCUGUUGAAUUUAUUGUAACAUUUAUCACAACAGCUGAACAAAAUUUUGAACAAUCAGAAAUUUUAAAUUCAACAACCAUGGAAGAAUAUGAACAUAUUGUUAUUGAAUUGUUGGAUAUGUCAACAAAUGCAGAAAUUUUUUUAACAGUUUAUCCACAUGCUGCUGAAUUUUUUAGCAAUCAUAUUUUUCUUACAAGAAUUGUAUCACUUUAUGAUAACAUGAUUUCAGAAUUAUACAAAAAACUUCAUGAUAUUGGAUAUAACGAAGAAAAUCUCAUCAAGUACACUGAGCUCAAGCAUUAUUUAGAUGUUACAAGAAUUGAAUUAUUAAAAAUAUUUAGAGUUGCAUCUUAUAAAGAUAUUGCCUGGAUACUAGAACAACCAGAUCCAAAAAAAGUUGAUGAUGCUACAGAUCGAAUUGGACAAUUUUUGGAUUACUUAAUAACAGGUUUAUCUGAGAAAAAUUUUACCAGAGAUUAUCAGCAAUUUUAUUCAAUUCUUGAUGAUCUUGAUUUAGUUGGUCAAAUAACUGAUCAAAUUGAUCCUGUCAAAAAAGAACUUCUUAUCAAUUUAGUGACAAUGGCAGACAAUGAAAAACUAAUGAAUAUUCCAGACCAAAUUCCUGAGGAUGUUGGAACAUGCUCAAACGGCUAUGAAGGUUUUAGUUCAUUCCCAGAGGCAUCAAGUGGUACCACAACAAAUGGAAAAACUGAAGAGGAGUUGGUGGAAUUAAUUUCAUCUGUUAAGCAAAUACUUGAUAAUUUAGGCGAAGGUUUUAUUGAGAGAUGCCUCAAGUAUUACAAUUACGAUCAGGAUGCAAUGAUAAAUGCAUAUUGUGAAGAUGCUUUACCUGCAGAAUUACGUGAACUUGAUAAAACACUUCCUUAUAUACCAGCAGAUCCAAUGGAAAAAUCAGCAGCAGUUGAUCAGACACUUGGGUUUGAACGUUUGAAUGUAUUUGAUGUGAUAAGAAUUGAUAAAGUAAAUCAAAAAAAGGAUACAUAUAAAAAUUUAAAUGAAUUGAUGAAUGAUAAAUCAUUUAAAAAAGGCUUGGAUGAAGUUUAUCAAAAAUAUGGUCUUAUUGAUGAUGAUUAUGAUGAUGAGUAUGAUGAUACAUAUGAUAGUCAAAAUAAUGGAGUUCGCGUUCUUGAUGAUGCUGAAGAAAUGGACAGACCAUUUACAACACCUAGAGUACUUAGAGUAAAUGAUGAUAGAAAUCAGCCUGAAGAAGAAGAAGAAGAGGAAGAAAAUUCUAGUGGUCUUGGAGAUCAAAGGAGAGGAUUAAAUUUCUGUCAAGAUCCAGCAGCAUUACGUGCCAAGGCUGAAGAACGUCGUCAACUUAAACAACAUGCUUCUCGUAAUGUUGUUGGC